AUGUCUGCUGCUAAUAUCAGCCCGCUGAUCCUCGCCCUCCUCCUCCUCUUGCCCUCGGUUUCCAGCCAAGAGGUCCCUUCUAACUGUGUGAUCAAGAGGGAGCUGGAAAAGUGCAUGGAAAUGAUGGCCUCGGACGAUCCUGGGAACGACCCAGAAUAUGGCUGUCCGUGGAUGUGGGACAACCUGACGUGUUGGCAGCCUGCCAGGAUCGGUGAGGUGGUCGAAGUCAACUGCCCCGAACUCUUCUCUCAGGCCAUUAGUGAAGAAGACUUUGAGCUGGGGAAGGUGAGUCGUAACUGCACUGAGUACGGCUGGACAGAGACCUUCCCUCAUUACAUCGAUGCCUGCAUGCCUGAGGAAGGGGGCAACAGCAGCCAUCCGGACAUGUACUAUGUGUCAGUGAGGGCUCUGUACACGGUGGGCUACAGCACCUCUUUGGUCUCCCUCACCACAGCCAUGGUCAUCCUGUGCAGGUUCAGGAAGCUGCACUGCACCAGGAAUUUCAUCCACAUGAACCUAUUUGUGUCGUUCAUCUUGAGAGCUAUUUCAGUCUUCAUCAAAGACGGCGUGCUGUACGCCAAAGAGGACAGUGAGCACUGCUUCAUACACACUCUUGAGUGUCGAGCAGUGAUGAUAUUCUUCCAUUACUGUGUCCUCUCAAACUACUUCUGGCUCUUCAUCGAGGGGCUGUACCUCUUCACUUUACUGGUGGAGACCUUCUUCCCUGAAAAGCGAUACUUCUACUGGUACAUCAUCAUUGGUUGGGGAACCCCCACAGUGUGUGUGACCAUUUGGGCGGUGCUGAAGCUGCACUUUGAUGAUGUUGGGUGUUGGGACAUGAAUGACAACGCUGCCAUCUGGUGGGUGAUCAAGGGACCUGUACUCGCUUCAAUUAUGGUCAACUUUGUGCUCUUCAUCGGCAUCAUCGUCAUUCUCGUCCAGAAGUUACAGUCCCCAGAUAUCGGUGGAAAUGAAUCCAGUAUUUACCUGAGGUUGGCCCGCUCCACUCUGCUACUGAUUCCUCUGUUUGGGAUCCACUACACUGUGUUCGCCUUCUCCCCUGAGAACGUCAGCAAGAGAGAGCGUCUGGUGUUUGAGCUCGGCCUCGGAUCCUUCCAGGGCUUUGUUGUGGCCGUUCUCUACUGCUUCCUGAAUGGAGAGGUGCAAUCGGAGAUCAAGAGGAAAUGGCGCAGCUGGACGGUGAACAGGUACUUUGCUGUGGACCUGAAGCACCGGCAUCCUUCGCUAGCGAGCAGUGGGGUGAACGGGGGCACGCAGCUGUCCAUUCUCAGCAAGAGCAGCUCACAGAUCCGCAUGUCCAGCCUGCAGGCCGAGACCCCGGCAACCUGAAAACUAACGGCGAGGACGCAGUGCCAGGCAACGCCGCCGCCGCCUCUGGACCUGACGCCGCCAAACCUGCCACGCCCACCAUCCUCCCAAUGACCAGCCUCACCAACCCGUUCCUCAACCCGUACCCCAACCCAUACCCAGACGA